AUGAAUUUACCUUGGUUAGUUAUAGGUGAUUUUAACACAGUUUUAAGAAUUUAUGAGAAAAAGGGUGGUAGAUCUCCUUUGGGAGUGGAAAUGCAGGAUUUCCAUGAUCAAUGGUGUUAUAAAGCUGGAGUGGGGGGAGUUUCUUGUUUGAAUGUUAGUAAACCAAAGAAUAUCCCAUUCGGGAUUUUCAAAGUUUGGUUGGAAGAAGAUAGUUUUAAGGAGUUAAUUCAAGAUGCUUGGAAUGGGAACAUACAUGGAAACCCUGCUUAUGUAUUUAUGAACAAUAUGAAGUUAAUGAAGAUAAAAAUCAGGGAAUGGAAUUGGAAUGUGUUUGGAGAUGUUAAAGUCAAAAUGAAAGAAGCUGAACAAGAGAUGAUGAAAGCUUCGUUAUUAUCUGACAAUGAUCCUAGUAAUAUCUCUUUGUUAAAUGAUUUAGUGUGUGCCAGAGGGGUAAUAACAGAAGAAGAUAAUAUGAUGUUAGAGACUGUUCCUUCAGGCCAAGAAAUUAAAGAGGUUGUUUUUUCUUUGAAUGUUGAUAGUGCACCAGGACCAGAUGGUUUUCCUGGUUUUUUCUAUAGAUAUGCUUGGGAUAUUAUAAGAGAAGGAAUGAUAAAAACAAUACAGUAUUGUUGGAACAAUGGUUUUAUUCCUAGGGGUAUGAACUCUAACUUUCUUUUCCUAAUUCCCAAAGUAAAAUGUGCAAGGAAACCUAAUCAGUAUAGACCUAUUGGUCUAAGCAAUUUCAGCUUUAAGAUUUUUACUAAAAUAAUAACAUCAAGGAUGUAUGGUUUGCUGGAGAAAGUAGUUUCAUCUCAACAAGGUUCCUUUGUAAAAGGAAGAUGUAUUCAAGAGAAAAUUAUGCUUGCUUCUGAGAUGGUAAAUGUGUUGGAUAUUAAAAGAAGAGGAGUUCUAGUUAAUGGAGGGCCAGUUGGUUUCUUUUCAGUUAGUAGGGGGUUGAGACAGGGUGAUCCAUUAUCACCAAUUCUGUUUGUUGUUGCUGAAGAUGUUCUAAGUAGAACCUUGAGUAAACUAGUGAAAGAGAAAAAGAUAAUGCCAAUGGUUAAUAGAGGAGGAGUUCAACCAACUCACAUUCUUUUUGCUGAUGAUGUGUUUUUAUUCUUUAAUGGGCAUAAAAAGAAUAUCCAUUCAGAUAUGAAUUUGCUUAGGGAUUACCAAGUUUCUUCUGGUUAA